AUGUCGGCGAAGAAAAAGCUGGUAUUUGAGUGCCGGAACUGUGGGUGCCAUGUGCUCAGUAAAGAUGAAAUAAAGCAUACGACGAUGUGUCGAGGAGAAUCGGAUCUAGUUGGUUUCGAGAUCGUGUCUCUGAAACCGGCGGGGCGAUUUUUCGCGUCGGUGCAGCACCUAGAUGGAUUUGAGAAAUACUUGCCCGGCGAGACGACUGGAUGGCAAAAAUAUCACACAGUCUUCAUGAGUCGACAAACAAUCGACCUAUGGGGUGUGCAACCGCGACAGCCCUGUUUUCUAGAUGUUGGAGGCGAAAAAACAUUGGUGGUGGUGUGGCAAUGUAACGAGCUAACCAUCCUUCGCAUCGCUUCCCCGUUAGCGCCGAAGGAGCGAAUCGUCGAAUUGCGGCCAGUUUUUGAAUAUACGCCGGUGAACCGGCUGGAAUUGAAAACUACAGAUGGCAACCAAAAAAUUGACCGCCCAUUUCUCAACUUCCUCGAGGUAUACCUGGCAUCUUCAUUUCUUUCGGAAGGCUGCCCCAUAACCCUGCGAUAUUUCGGGAAAAAGUUAACUUUUAGCCCAGUGACCCCGAUAUCUAUUGCCGUUAAUAAUCUGUCUUUGGAUGAGGGCGAGAAAAAGCCAAACGUGAUGAGCGUGGCGCCGUCUUGCUCGAUACUGGUCACUGGUCCUGAGCUAUCGAAAGUUGCAACAACAAAACGGACAGAUCCAUUUGGGGCGAUCGGCGGAUGUACACUAGUGAAGAAUUUAUUACGGAGACUCGUUCUCGAGCCACACAAAAGUAAAACAGACCUCUGCUCGAUUCUUCUAUGGGGAUUGCCGGGCAGCGGGAAAACGCUUUUAUUGAACGCCCUGCAACAGUUACUUGGUGCAGCCGCGAUCAAGGUAAAUACCCUGGAUGAGCUCGUCGAAAAGAGCUCCAUUUUUGCGGCCAACACGAUAUUGUUGGUUGACGUCUCGAUCUAUCCAAAGGAGCAUAAGGCUUAUGGGAUUUUGACUGAUUUGAUGUCAAAUGGACAGAUUGGUUGUGUGAUAUUGACGGCUCGGAGCGCGGAUGAUGUGGAUAUGGGGGUGCGGAUUCGGUUUCCGAGAGAAGUUGAGGUUCCAGUGCCGAAUGAGGCGGAACGAGUCGAUAUUCUGAGGAUUCUGACUGGCGCCGAUGAAGCAGUUGUGUUGGGCGUUGCAAAGGUAACGCACGGCUUUACGGGCAACGAUCUGGCAAGUGUCGUGCGGUUGGCUGCAUUAGAGGAAGGGGAAUUGACUGUCAGACUCGAGAAAGCCCAUCGCGUGGUCCGUCCUACCGGCAUCCGCCAAUUCAUCCUCGAGGUCCCGAACGUCCGCUUCGCAAAUAUUGGAGGAAAUGAAGAACUCAAGUCGGAGAUUCAGCAAGCGGUGAUUUGGCCGCAAACACGCCCGGAACUUUUCGCGGCGUUUGGCAUCGAACCACCGGCUGGAAUCUUGUUAUAUGGACCACCAGGAUGCAGUAAGACGCUGAUCGCGCGGGCGCUUGCCAACGAAUCGGGCAAGAAUUUUUUGGCGAUCAAAGGGCCGGAGCUGUUUAAUAAAUGGGUGGGCGAGAGCGAGAAGGCGGUGAGGGAUCUAUUCGCGAGGGCUCGACAAGUCGCGCCGACGAUCAUCUUCUUUGACGAGAUUGACGCUGUUGGGCAGGCUCGUGGAGCGUCUGGGAGUACUGUCGGGGAUAGGGUAUUGGCUCAGCUCCUGACGGAAUUGGAUGGUCUCGAGAAGCAGUCUGGCGUCAUAUUGCUAGCCGCGACGAAUCGACCUGAUCAAUUGGAUUCAGCGUUGUUACGGCCGGGGAGGCUCGACCGUGCCAUCUACGUGGGCCUUCCUGAUAUGCAGACGCGCAAGGACAUCUUCGAGAUCAACGUCAGCAAGAUGAAGACGAACGGCGUGCUGGACAAGACGCUCAACAUUCCGUCGCUAGUACUAAAGUUGGAAGGUUAUUCGGGAGCGGAGAUUGUGGCCGUCUGUCGGACGGCAGCUAUGAAGGCCAUGCGGGAAGACCAUGAUAAUAAGAUUGUUGAAAUGCGUCAUUUCGAGGAGGCGAUGCGCGCCGUCGUCGCGCGCACUGACAAGAAGCUGCUGGACAUCUACGAGCGGUUCAAGCUGGGAAACGGCCUC